AUGCACGUCAACAUCAUUUUGGGAAUAGGUCGUGGGCUUCUUUAUCUUCACCAUGACUGUGGAUUGAAGAUCAUCCAUAGAGACUUGAAACCCAGCAGCAUUCUUUUAGACAAGGAGAUGAACCCCAAAAUAUCUGACUUUGGCUUGGCAAGGAUUAUUGGAGACAAAGAAACAAGGGCAAACACCGCCAGAGUAGUUGGAACUUUUCUACUUGAGAUUAUUAGUGGAAAGAAGAAUACAAGAUUUUAUCGAUCAGAACUAGCCAUGAGCCUAAGCCUUAUAGGCUAUGCAUGGAGAUUGUGGGGUGAAAUGAAGGUGUUGGAUUUAAUGGACCGGAAUCUACAUGAAGUUCGCAAUGCAGAUCAGUUUGUGAAGUUCGUGAAUGUUGGACUCUUACGCGUACAAGAAGACCCAAAUGACCGACCUAACAUGUCAAAUGUUAUUACCAUGCUUGACAGUGAAGUUGCAACAAUUCCAACUCCAAAACAACAUUUGUUUCAUGGAGAGGCCUUUCUAGCAAAGCUACUUCUUCUAUUGGAUUUUGGCCACCGUCAACGAAAUCUGGCAACCAUGCACAGCCGGACUGCGAUGAAACUGGCCGGUGCUGGAAUUUGGCCAUUUGCGUCAGAUUGUAGCCAUCGUCCCUGGAAUCCAGCAACUGUGCCAGACUUCAGGAAAAUUGGCUGGAAAUCUAGACAGUACUGUCGGAUUCUAGCCACCAUUACCGGAAUCUCAUCAUCAGUGGUUUUUCGUCGUUGGAAUCGAAUCCCAAUGGUGGAGAAGGUAAAACGGGACAAAAGGGGUUUGAUGGCAGUUAUUGACAUGGAAAAGGCCUAA